AUGACACACAAGCUGUUCUGCCUACUGCUGGUUUCGUGUUUUCUAAUUAGUGUCAAUACCAUCAGUACGUACGAAAUUUUCCAGAAUUCCUGCCAAAUACCCAUAGAUGGUUAUCUUUUUUGCUCGUUUUCUGUUAAUAAAAACUGGGAUUUUUUGAAAUUCCGGGAAUGGAUAGAUGGUGUACCAGGAGACAUAAAACUUGCAGAACUUUACAUUAGUUGUGAGACAGGGGCGUCCGUUUUCCUGCCCUGGCCAAUGCGCGCGCGAAGCCUUAAAGUCUUGGACAUUAACAACUGCAUCAUCCGUGGGUUUUAUGACGAAUACGAGGACUCUGCAAAUUACACGGACAGUAUGGUGGACCUAAAUAUGAUGAACUGUGUCAUCGAAGAGAACCAAAAUGACCACAUUGACCGGACCCUUCAUAGGUAUCCGAGCGAGAGCUUCGCGUGCGGACAGAAAUCUGUUGUCGUCGUGGACAUCAGGAAUCUUACAUCGACGUUCCCUCGACUUCCUUCUGGGCCCAAGAUGGAUCAACAUCGGAACAUGACACAAACUAAGUGUACUUAUAAUCAUUUAAUUCAUUAUGAAGAAACUUUUCAAUAUAGUCAGAUGGAAAACGACUCUACCAUAAAUUAUUAUCCAGUGCUCAAUGUCGCUACGUUUUCAUCCAACAAUCUAUCUUCGGUCCCAGAAAAGGCCAGAAACUGGCCAUCCUUUUUUCCAGCUUUAAAGGUGCUAGAUCUGUCUAACAACAGCAUCGGAGAAUUUGAUUUUGAGAUUCCAAAUGAAAACCGUACCUUAUACGUUGAUCUGCGGAAGAAUUCUGUCGUCGACGUUUCGAUGAAUAUGACGUCAUAUCUAAGAGAUGACCGUGCUGUUGUUAUUGACCUUCGACAAAAUCCUAUUCGAUGCAGUUGCAAUGUUUUAGAUUUGAAAGAGUAUCUCCUGCAAAUAAAUGAAAGGUUCCCAGAGUGGGCACAGGGGACGGAAGUAUAUUGUGAAACGAAAGACCAGAAAAUGAGUCUGAUAACUGGCAUCACCAUGGAGACGUGUCAUGACGUCAAGUAA